GAGACAUCCUAGGCGACUCGAGCGUCUUUCCUAUGCUUACUAGUUAUCUUUUUAUGCAGCUGAUUUAUUAUUAAUAAAGGCUGCAGUUUCGGUAUGUGUUAUUUUGCUGAAUACUACAGUGAUGAGAUCCUCAAAAUGGGGGAGCCACAGCAGGUCAGUGCUCUUCCGCCGCCACCUAUGCAGUACAUCAAGGAGUACACAGAUGAAAAUGUGCGAAAAGGACUGGUCCCCAAACCCCCUCCACCUAUUCGAGACAGUUAUAUGAUGUUUGGUAAUCAUUUCCAAUGUGAUGACCUCAUCAUUCGGCCUUUGGAGAGCCAGGGCAUUGAGCGCCUCCACCCAAUGCAGUUUGACCACAAGAGAGAGCUGAAGAAGCUAAACAUGUCAAUCCUGGUAAACUUCCUCGACCUUCUGGACAUCCUCAUUAAAAGCCCAGGCAGCAUUAAGCGAGAGGAGAAGCUGGAGGACUUGAAACUCAUUUUUGUCCACAUGCAUCACCUUAUAAAUGAGUACCGACCCCACCAGGCCAGGGAGACGCUUCGCGUCAUGAUGGAGGUUCAGAAGAGACAGAGGCUGGAGACAGCAGAGCGUUUCCAGAAGCACCUGGAGCGAGUGGUGGAGAUGAUCCAGGGGUGUCUUGCUUCAUUGCCUGAUGAUUUGCCACUACCAAACAACAUCAGCGUAGAGGAGACUGCAGGUUCAGCUGGAGAUUCUAGACUGAAAUCAGAGCCUAUGGAUGUAGACGAGGCAGGAGUUAGCUGCAUGGUUCCACAAAUGGACCAGAAUAUGCCCUCUAAGAGGGAAAAAGUGUGGGAUAAGGAUGCUGCAAUGUGCAGUAUUAUUGAUGAGAUGACUUGAGCUGUCUAAGGAAUUUGUUAUGUUUAUUUUUGGUAUUAUUCAGGGAAUGCCAGUUCUUAAUCGUUGUCACAGAAACUCUGCAUAGGCAGCUAGCAAGCUGACAGCCUGCACUGUCACUUAAGUAGAAUUGUAUGUAUAAAAUAAUAAAAAAGAGAUCAACUAAUCUUUUCAUUUUCAUGUAUGAAUUGUUGUGCUUUUUUAUUGCUAUGUUUCUUUUUUUUUAGUAAUAUGAAUUAAACAAAAAUACACAUUUUACCCAACUCUUUAAAGGAAUAUUCGGGAUUCACUAAAGGUUAAGAUCAAUCAACAGCAUCUGUGGCAUAAUAUUGCACACCACAAAAAGUUAUUUUGACUUUUCCCUCCUUUUCUUUAAAAAAGCAAGACUUUGGAUUACAGUGAGGCAAUUACAAUCGAAGUGAAUGGGGGCCAAUCUGUAAACGUUAAAAUAUACACUGCCAAAACAUGUAAAUAAAAUGUUUUUAAUGUUAAUAUGAUUUCAGUGUGGUAAAAUAGCUUACUAACUUUUUCUGUGUACAUUUAUAGCCAGUUUUACAACUUCAUUGCCAUGACGAUGUAAUGUCAACAAAUUCCAAAACCCUAAAACUGCUGUAAAAAUUAUGAUUUAAACAACAUUACAGCUUAAAUAAUACAUGAGUUUUAACAGAAUAAUUAAUCUAAGUGCUUUAUAAAAUUAUAGUCUUCACAUUUCUACCUUUAAACCCUCCCAAAAUUGGCCCAAUUCACUUCCAUUGUAAUUGUCUCACUGUAACCUUGAUUUAUGCAUCUUUUUUUAUGAAGUAUUUUUUUUGUGGUAAUCAUUAUGCUGCCACAAAUGCUGAUUGAUUGAGCUUAACUUAUGUUGAACUCAGAAUAUUCCUUUAAGUUUUACAUUUAGCUUCCCAAACUUUAGCCAAACUUAAUAGAAUAUUGUAGUGUAGUAGUGAAGGCACAACUAAAUGAUGGUGGAAAACUGCCACAUAGUUGAGUUAUUGUCACACAAUUUACCUGAAACUGCUCAUGUAGUAAAAUACACUAGAGGAUGAUUUUAUGUGCCAUGUGAUGUUAUAUUAUUUAGCUAUGCUCACUGGCAAUUUUAUUUCAUGUAGAAUGAUUGGAGGCAAUGCAAAUUUUAUGCAACCUUUACUGCACUUAUGCAAUCUUAUGUAAGUGCACUUUAGUCUAAUAAGAGACACAUUUUAACCAAAUGGACUACAGAGCACAGAGAACCAGAACAGUCAGGCACAAGAACAGUUUCUUCUCUCAGGCUAUUCACCUUAUCAACAGUUCAUUGUUGCACUACAAUCAUGUGCAUAUUCAACUAUUCAUUCAUAUUUAUAUUUAUUUGACAUCCUACCUCUACCGCACAAUACAUUAAAUCACCAUGCACAUAACUGUAUUUCUCUAUAUAACAUUUUUGAACAACGUUAUUGCCCUGCUGUAGUUUCCUCUAUAUCUGUUGUAUCUUAUUUGUUUAUUUGUUAUUCUUAUUUCACCAUUUAUGUAUAUCUGUUUAUAUGUAUAUAUCAAAUGUUUGUAUGGAUAUGUUGUAUAUGUUUCUGUGUUCUCUUUGCAUUGGAAGCCUCCAGUUUGUCAUGGUGACAAAAAAAAAUUUGUCACCAUGACAAAUUCCUAGUGUGUGUGUGUGUAAGCAUACUUGUCAAUAAAGCUAAU